AUGCCGAGUCACCAUCCUCCCACACAGAAUAUUUCUGUCCAAAAAAGAAAGAUUCAAACAGUAUCUUUCAAAUCAAAUGAAGCAGAGUUUGUUAAGUAUGAUUAUCUAACAAGGGUGUUCUCAUUAUGUUCCUUUGUCUCAUUUUUCAGUUUUACUAUCAUAUUUUUCGCAAAAGAGGAAGAAAACUGCACAAUGGUCCCUCAAUUUCCAGAAGCUUUCAAACCAACCCAAGUCCCUUUCCAAAAAGGUACAGCACAGAAGUUUGUACAACCUUCAGGGACAGGAACAGACCUAGGUUUCUUUUCACUCGACGAUCUAUCGAACCCAUUACCAGACGAGGUGUACCCACUUGUAAUAUCAGCAGAGACAGUGAUCUCACCAAGCUCGGGUUCAGAGGAACCAUUAGUUCACAAGCAAAUCACGCUAGCGUGUUUGGAGAAGACUGACGAUGGAUCUUUCAAAGUGAAAGUCAUGAAACAGAUCUUAUGGAUCGAAGGAGCUAGAUAUGAGCUACGUGAGUUGUAUGGUAUCGAUAACUCGACCGCACAAGAUGAUGAUGUUGCGUCAGGGUUAGAGGAUAGUGGUGACAAAGAAUGUGUUAUUUGCUUGACUGAACCUAAGGACACCGCCGUGAUGCCUUGUAGACAUUUGUGUUUGUGCAGUGACUGCGCUAAAGAGCUGAGGUUUCAGUCUAACAAAUGUCCCAUUUGUCGACAACCUAUCGAUGAGCUUUUAAUGAUUAAAGUGGAAACUAGCAAUGAACAACACUGAAAAAGAGG